GAGCAUGCAGAAGCUCACGCAGCUGGAGCGGUUGGACCUGGGGAGUAAUGAGUUCACUGAAGUGCCUGAGGUGUUGGAGCAGCUGACUGGAAUCAAGGAGCUGUGGAUAGACGGGAACAGACUGACAUUUUUACCUGGGAUGCUAGGGAUGCUCAAACAGCUGGUAUACCUGGAUGUCUCAAAGAACAACCUGGAGAUGGUGGACGAGCAGAUCUGCGGCUGUGAGAGUCUGCAGGACCUUCUGCUCUCAAACAAUGCCCUCACACAGCUGCCAGGCUCCAUCGGCUCACUGAAGAAACUGACUGCACUGAAAGUGGAUGAGAACCAGCUGAUGUAUCUGCCUGACUCAGUCGGAGGACUGCACUCUCUGGAUGAGCUGGACUGCAGCUUCAAUGAGAUCGAAGCGUUGCCCUCUACCAUCGGUCAAUGUGUCAGCAUCCGCACCUUCGCUGCAGAUCACAACUUCCUUACCCUACUCCCCCCCGAGAUGGGCAGCUGGAAGAAUGCAACUGUGCUGUUCCUACAUUCCAACAAGCUGGAGUCCUUGCCUGAUGAAAUGGGUGACAUGCAGAAGCUCAAGGUCAUCAAUCUCAGUAACAACAAGUUGAAGAAUCUACCCUACAGUUUCACUAAACUGAACCAGAUGACUGCAAUGUGGCUGUCUGAAAACCAGUCGAAGCCCCUGAUCCCGCUCCAGAAAGAGGAGGAUCCAGAGACACACAAAACUGUGCUGACCAACUACAUGUUCCCCCAGCAAACCAGGACGGAGGAAUACAUUCCCAGCUCUGACUCUGAAAGCUUCAAUCCAGCUCUCUGGGAGGAACAACGCAAGCACCGAGCUCAAGUGGCCUUCGAGUGUGACGAAGACAAGGAUGAGAGAGAAACACCCCCAAGGGAGGGUAAUCUGAAGCGCUACCCCACUCCGUACCCAGAGGAGCUGAAGAACAUGGUGAAGACAGCCCAGUCUGUGGCUCACCGGCUGAAGGAGGACGAGUCAGGUGACGAAUCGGGGAGGGAUGCAAAACCAGUGGAGAGGAACCACAUUGGAGUGCAGGACGUGGGAGUUAAGGUGAUUGAAGCUCCCUAUCCCAAUGGCACAGUGUCAGACAUUGAGCCCUCCAUCACAUAUGGCCAAAACUCCUCUUCCACAGAAUGGAAAGACACUUCCGACUCUUACAGCUCUCACAGAGUCCCUCUCAAAACUGCAGGGGGCUCUAUGAUGAACCAUGAGGACACACUGGAGGAUUCUGAGGAGCUUUCUGAUGAAGAGGCAGAGAUGAAAGUGGCUCAGAUGAGACCCCCUCUAAUUGAGAUCUCCAUCAACCAGCCUAAAGUGGUGACUCUAAGUAAGGAGAAAAAAGAUGACGCAGACUCUUUGCUGGAUGAUACAGUUGCCAACAGCAACCAGAACAACAGCAACUGUUCAUCUCCAUCACGCAUGUCGGACUCAGUGUCUCUGACCACAGACAGCAGUCAGGACAACUCUCUGUGCACCCCAGAGAGAGAGGCAAAGAUGCCCUUCCUGCCAAAAAGCAGGCAUGAUGAUGAGAACAUGAACCAGCCUAAAGACACCACCCCUCUCCUCCAUAAUGGAAACGGCUCUGAAACAUCCCUUCAAGCCCUUCUGAAAGCCCAACAGACCCCACCAGAGAAAAUGGGGGACUAUGACCUGUCCAUGGAAGCCAGGCUGGCCUUCGUCGAGAAGGGAAUUAACAACGGCAUGGGCGAAACGUACACCAAGUGGGACCAGAUCAAUAUGAACGUGUCCAAAUUACCAACGGACAACAUGGUGCGGCUGGACGAUGUGGAUCAAACCAAGAAUGGUUCAGUCAACCCAGAGGACAGCAAGCAGGGCUUCAGCAAUGACAACAUGGAGCAUUUCCUGAAUGGAAACCAGCAAGUCAGUGACUGCAUCAACAGUCUGGGGAACAAGAGCCAAGCGAUGAGAGUGGAGACGUCUGCGGUGCAUUCGGCCUCGACAGGAACGACCGCCAGCAGCGACAUGUCUCUCUCUCGCAGCACUGAGGAACUGUCUCCAGAGAAGAGGUGCAACCCCCCGCAGGUGAUGAAGUGUCAAAGUGUAAGCAACAUGGAAUCAGGAGGACUGAAGCUAUUCUCCUUUGAUGGGGGCGAUGAGUGCUAUGACACAGCAGGCAUGACCAGGAUGGCAGGGGCCGGCCCAGGGCCGGGGGCUUCUCAGGGCCAGAGCAUCAUCAGGAGCAAGUCGGCCAGUCAGUUACUCAACGACCAGACUCUGCAGAUCUACCCCGGCUCCUCCGCCUCCUCCUCAGACCUGCUGUCUUCCUCCAUGCCCCCUGCCAGCACCAGCAGAUACCCCGUGUCUUCCAGCAUGGCCAUGGCCUCCCCCCCCCCUCAGUACAACAUCCAGUACUCAAGUAGUGCCCUGCCUAAAGAGGGUCUGUGGGCCCCUAGGACACCCAUGCCUCCUGAGCAGCAAGGCUACCUCCCUCCUCCUCCACACUCACUAGCCAACACCAACUACUCAAACCGUAACCAAGCCCCUCCCUACUCUCAUCAGCCCCAGCAGAGGGGGGCUCCCAAACCCUCCGGGGACAUGUGGGCUUAUUCUACUGGAGGCCAGGGCAGAAGCAGCACUCUGCAGAGGCAGAGCAGCACCGCCUCCACCGCCUCCAUGGGCGACCCCAGACGCAUACAGGUGCCUGACGGGGAAUACAUGACAUACCGGGACAUCCACACCCUUGCCAGGGGGCCGCUGGCGAUGAGCCAAGCCAUGCAGAGGCCCCUCUCAGCACGCACUUACAGUAUCGACUCUCCGGGAUCUUCCAGGCCUCCCUGCGCCCGGCCGCAGCCUCACGAGCUUCCAGAGAGGACCAUGUCCGUCAGCGACUUCAACUACCAGCAGAGCAGCCCCAGCAAGAGGCCCGCCGCCAGGGUGAAGUCCGAGCAUUCGCUGCUGGAGGGGCCAGCACAGGUGCCGGGGGGAGUCGGGGCGGGAAGGGUGCCAAAUGACUGGAGAGACCAGGUGAUGCGGCACAUCGAGUACAAGAAAAUGGAAAAGAACGCGCUGUCUCGCUCCUAUAAUUCCAAUAACGCUCCGCUGAGCUGGUCUCACUACGGCAGCUGUAGGGAUAUGCAUGCCAGCCAGGCGUCUCUGGUGUUUAGUGCCAGGGACGGAGGGCCCUACGGAGCGCUGGGCCUCUGUGACGAUGUGUUUCCCCAAGGACAGCAGAGCUACACCAUGGACCCUCACAGAAAAGUGCCUUUGAUGAACGGUCAGAUGGGCCCCUCUGUCCGUCCACAGGCGAGCCAGGGGUCCAUGGCCCGCCACCCCUCCAGAGAGCAGCUCAUUGAUUACCUGAUGCUCAAAGUGUCCCAUCCUCCCCAGGGGCCGCCGCGUAUCCCGCCUGACGCUCUGCAGCAAGAGUUUCGUGUGAAAGUGGAGAAAAAUCCAGAGCUUGGUUUCAGUAUAUCAGGAGGAGUGGGAGGUCGGGGAAAUCCUUUUCGCCCAGACGACAAUGGUAUAUUUGUGACGAGGGUUCAACCUGAGGGGCCGGCAUCUAAGAUUCUUCAGCCUGGAGAUAAAAUCCUCCAGGCGAACGGCUACAGCUUUGUGAAUAUCGAUCACGGGUACGCAGUGGCCCUCCUGAAGACUUUUCCUAACACUGUGGAUAUGAUUAUCGUAAGAGAAGCGCAGGCAUAGACUGAACCUGACCUCUGAAGCUGAGGGACACGAGACAAACAGAGACAUUAACGUUGACUCUCAUAUUUUUGUACGCAGCAGAGGACACUGACCUGCCGGGACUAUUUAUAGCAGAGCCUUGAUUUACGGGGAAAACCACUGAAUGUAGUGGAUCAAAGUGAAACGAGUACGAGUCCUCAAAAGGCCAUCACUGUGGUAUAUAUAUUUUUAUACAAAAGAAGCUGAAGAUGUGACCUGAUGCAAAUGAUUACUGUGGUCUCUGUACAGAUCAUCUUUUCGUUUUUCUUCUUUUCGUCCACAACUCAGAAGCCCUUGAUCAUGAAUGAGGUUUCCUUUCUGCAGAUUGACAUGGAUUGACCACUCCCUCGCCUUUUUUUUUUAACUUUUAAUCUAAGAUGUUGAAAUGUGGUCUGCCCUGCGAUCUUUUAUGGAGGACGAUGUUACGUGCUUUUCUUGUGGAGACGAAUGUAGAUCGAGGAAGUGAUUUGAUUUAGUUUUUCGGAGAGAUAUCGUUUGAUCCAGCCCUGCUUCCAUAAACCUGUGAACACGCGACACUUCCACAGGAAUAUCCUCACGGCUCUGCACACCGUCCCCACACACCACUACCUGCGCUGUGUGGAAGACAAUCCUUGGCAAUAUGAAUGAAUCACAGCUUCUCGGAUGUUGGGGAAAUGGGAGAGGGGAGGUGUUAGCUCAGCCUUAAUCUGUUCAGAUAGUCGGAAGCUUUAGUUUGAAGCUGAAGUUCAACAUUUUGGGACAUUUUCUGAGAAGUUUGAAGCACUUGCAGUGACCAGAAAGAGCUGCACGUGUUUCCCAAAAUGUUGGAACUCUUCCUUUAAGCGUAGAAAGACGUGGCGGGUGUGCUAGUGAAACAAAGCAAGUUUGUGGACAGGGAGAGUGCAGGAUAUUGGGAAGAUAUUUGAAUAAGAACAGGUCAACGUUUCACUCGUGUUUUUAUUUCUUAAGGGCUUCAUCUUUCAGGCAGCCAUUGGGGAGAUGAACGUUUUAUUUUGCAGGGGUUUCAACAUCUGUCAGUUUUUACAUGGGAGAAGACCACAGUUUGCCUUUUGUGUCUAUGAAAUGAUGUUUUAAUCACGCUUCUUACUCAUCACUUUGGAACCGUUUCUCAAUAUGUUUUCUUUGCUGUACAGAGAGUAGAGCUGGGAGAAACAAGUUGUCAAGUGCCAUAGACCUGGAACUGUUUGAGCAGGGGAGGACCCCAGAACCCGAGCAAUACUCACAUCAUCACAGCAUUUGCAGCAUCAUGGCUUCAAAGCAAUACUAAAGCCUUUAUUUUCAAAAAGAUCAUCAGAUAGCAUUUUUUUAAACACAAUCUUUAGUAAUCACCAAUGAUUUUACAUACUUUUUAUAUUGUGAAAACAUGUUUUUUUUCUAAUGACAUAGCACAAGAAAUAUAAACAGUGCUUAAAAAAAGAUUUCUCUGUGUUGUGUAAAAGUGAAAGAUGGUGUCACUUUGCCCAAUGCGUUUGACUGUGCUCCUCAUGUUCAUUUGUGCAAAAAUAAUCCACUUUAAAAAUCAAAUUGAGUCAAAGCUGCUUCUCAGAUCAUUCCUAAUGUUUGUCACAUGUAGGAAAAUGUGUUUUAAAAGCAGCAUUAUGUCACUUCAUAUUCUCUGUGCACAUCUCCGUUAAUAUUCUUUCACUGGUAAAUAACUCUUUAAGUGAGACGUGUUUCCACAGCAAACGGGAAUGAUAAAAGUCACUAAAUAAUGGGCCCUUCAAUUCCAACAACACAUUUGUGACCACUGAAUUAUUUGUACAAUAUGUAAUGUUUUAUCCUAAUGCACAUGGCAUUCCCUCAACUUGUUUACAGUAGAUUGUGGCCUCUACUGAUCCCAUGUGUAGUUAAAUAGAUUUAUAUUUUAUGCUUGUGGCACUGUUGAACCAAAUUUAAACACUGGUAGUUCACAAAAUGAAAUAUACCUUUUUAUAUAACAGUCCAAAUGUUUAAAGGUAGUUCUAAGUGAAGCUGUACCCUUAAUUUUUUAACUGAAUCUAGAAUUUGUAAAUUGUAUCCACAUGAAAAUGAAAUGAUUUCCUAAAUGUCUCACAGAGCGUAGUAUUUCACACAGAUGAUUUGUUUUUAUUAUUUGUAUUAAUUUCUUGGUGAUUUCUGUUGACUUUGAGGGGAUUUCUGCGGUAAUGGUCACUUUAUAUUCAUGGCAAAAAAACAUAGAGACAUGGUAGACAAUCUAGGGAGAUAAAAACAUUUCUUCAUUCAUGUCGCUCGUUUCUUACGCUCCCGUAUCGUUCUUAUUUAUUUAGCAGCCUUCUUUGGUUUUUAGACCUUACUAAUCAAAUUGUAAAUAUCUUAAAAAAUUGAGAAAAUAAUUAAUGACGGCAUUAGUGACUUGCGAUUGUAAAACCAGCAAUAAAUUGCAAUGCAGAGGCACUGGUUUUAAUGUAUAGCUAGUAUUUCUAAGAUUUCUCUGGAAACAGUGAGAUGAUGAUUGAAAUGCAUUUAUCCAACAUUCCAGAUUUUGUACAUAAUUACCUGUUUCUGAAGUAACCUGUGGAAAAUAAACGAAUGCUCUUUAGCAACAGUU